GGCGCGGCGGGGUGGGGGGGCGGCCGCCGCCAUGAAGUGCGUGUUCGUCACCGUGGGCACCACCAGCUUCGAUGACCUGGUCGCGACCGUCUGCUCCCCGGCGGCCCUGCAGGUGCUGCGGAGCCGCGGCUACGAGAAGCUGGUGCUGCAGGUCGGGCGGGGCGCGCUGGAGCCGGCGGCGGGCAGCGGCCGGGCCGUGGCGCUGGAAGCGUUCCGCUUCAAGGACUCGCUGGCCGAGGACCUGCGGAGGGCCGACCUGGUCAUCAGCCACGCAGGUGCAGGCAGCUGUCUGGAGACUCUAGAAGAAGGAAAACCACUAGUAGUAGUAAUAAACGAAAAGUUGAUGAACAACCAUCAGCUUGAACUGGCAAAACAGCUCCACAGAGAUGGGCACGUCCUCUAUUGUAAUUGCAGCACUCUUGUGGAGACGCUGCAGAUGAUGGACUUAUCAACUUUGAAGCCUUUUCCUGCUGGACAGCCAGAGAAGUUUGCUUCAUUCUUGGAUAAAGUUGUUGGGUUGUCCGGCGGGAGACGGCGCCUGCGGGGCUUUACAGCGGCUUGGCGAACACACCUGCAAGCCAAGAGCCUGCGGGUGGGGGGUGAUGGAGCAGAACUGCACCCCUCUCGGGCAGCCCCCGCAGUGGUUAAACGGGAGAGCGGGACAGCAGCAGCCGCGCGCCGGGCCGCCACGCGCCGCAGCGCCUCGCGCGGGGCUGCCGUCUGUCGCCUCAGCCGUUCCCGCCUCCGCCGCGGCCGCCCGGGCACGAUGCAGAAGGGCUGGAAGAAGUACUUCGGGCAGAAGUCCUUCAGCGAGGUGGCCAUGGACGAGUACCUGGGCAGCCUGGGGCUGUACCGCAAGAUGACGGCAAAAGACGCCUCCUGCCUCUUCCGAGCCGUCUCGGAGCAGCUGUUUUCAUCUCAAAUUCAUCAUAUGGAAGUUAGGAAAGCUUGUGUCUCGUUUAUGAGGCAGCACCAGCAUAAGUUUGAAUCUUAUGUGGAAGGAUCAUUUGAGAAAUACCUUGAACGACUAGGAGAUCCAAAGGAAAGUGCUGGCCAGCUGGAAAUGAGUGCUUUAUCAGUGAUAUACAAGCAAGACUUCAUUUUGUACCGGUACCCUGGGAAGCCACCCACUUAUGCCACAGAUAAUGGCUUUGAAGACAAGAUUUUACUAUGUUGUUCCGGCAACGGCCAUUAUGACUCUGUGUAUACAAAACAAUUCCAGGAAAAUGCUGCUAUUUGCCAGGCUGUAUUAUAUGAGAUCCUGUACAAAAAUGUCUUUGACAUGGAUGAGGAAGAAUUAAGGUCUGCAGUUGAGGUGUUUCGAAGUGGAUCCAAGAAGAACAGAAACAGUGGAUCUGUAGGAAAUGAGGAUGCGAACUUUGAUUGUCUUCAUGAAAAAGUAUCCAGAAAUCCAUCAGAAAAGAGAGUGGACGACUGGGAAGGCAAUGAUACUGACAAUCCACAGGAAGAUAAGUUCAAACAAGGCAUUGAAGAAGAAAAGCCCUUAGAAAAUCCAUCAAAGAUGCCUGUUCCUUACAAAGUGCUAAAGGCACUGGACCCUGAGAUCUAUCGAAAUGUGGAGUUUGAUGUUUGGCUGGACAGCAGAAAAGAGCUUCAAAAAACUGACUACAUGGUGUUUGCUGGGAGACAGUACUAUUUAGGAGACAAGUGUCAGGUACGUCUGGAGCCUGGAGGUAAAUAUUACAAUGCUCACAUCCAGGAAGUUGGACAGGAUGGCAACACAUUGACUGUAUUUGUUGAGGAGCUGGCUGAAAAACAUACAGUUCCUUUGGCAAACUUAAAGCCAGUGACACAAGUGGCACCUGUCCUUGCUUGGAAUAUAGUUCCCAGCCGAAAAGGAGGAACCUAUCAGAAAAUAACAGGUGGAUACUUCUCAGGAAUAGAAAUGGAUAUAAAAACACGGAAGAGAUUGUUUAAGAAAGUUCGUGGAAAGGAUGCCAUAAUGUCUCUGGCUUAUAGCAGGGGUCAGCCAGUUCUUCCACCCCGGAUGCAGCACAGUGUUCCUUUGGGGCGCUCUCGUCCAGUGCACUGCUCCCAGGGUGGUGUAAACAUGGCACCUUACGAGCCCUAUCAUCCUCAGAAUCCUCCUCAGAGACAUCACCGUGGAUUUGGGAUGCCAAGGGGAUCUGCCCGCUUUAUAAACAGGCACAACAUGGUUGGCCCUCAAAUAGCAUUCUGCCCCAGGCCAGGAAAGAGAUGCUAUCAGAGCUAUGACAAUUUCUCCUGCAGGCCCUGCUCAUACAGCCGUAGCCGCCGUCAGAUGCAGUGUGUGAAUAAGGAAUGUCAGUAUGGGUUUGUACCAGGCAGUGGCGAGGAGCCUCAAGCCCCAGAAGAAGCUAUAAAUUUCUAUGACAUUGAGGAAGAGGAGGACACUGCUUUUCCUUCUUUACCAAGCCAGGGUAGCACUGCUCCCAUUGUCCAUGGUCCAGCACAAUUUUGGGUAGCAAGGAGGGGCCCAAACUCUGUUCCACCUAAUAAGCAGACCUCCUCAGAGGAGGAAGAAGAAACAAGUGAAAAUGGGAAAUUUCAUGAAGAUUAUAUCUAUGCAUCUCCAGAUCAUGACUGUGAAACUGCGACGGUAUUUAGUUCAGCAGAACCUACAGCAAACUUGGAAGAAGGGCCAGUCUCUGUGUCACCUCAGGAUGGAGUGGCUUCCUACAGCUAUCCUCAGAAGGUGAUGGUGAACUCUGCAGCAAUCUCAGCCUCAACAGGUGUUUAUGCUGCUCCAGCUACAGGCUUCACCUCACAUUCUGCUGCCUCCACUCCAGCCAGUGUCACAACAGCAGCUCCCCCACAAACAGCUGUUCAGCCAGUCAUAGUAUCUUCCCUUUCUAUAGGGAGGCCAGCAGUUUCUUCGGUGCCGCUCCCAAUUUAUUCAGCUCCUCUUCCUCCAGUCAGUGAGGUGGGAGAAGCUGGUGCUGUUCUUCCACCUUACUCUUGUGAUCCCAGUGGCAGUGAUCUGCCUCGAGAUACAAAGAUCUUGCGGUAUUAUUUUAAUCUGGGAUUGCAAUAUUGUCAUCAGAGCUAUUGGCCUUCCAUGGUGUAUGUGCAGCCAGUACUGCCACCGUCACCUGUGGAAGUUUAUCCAGCAUAUGCUGAGCCAGCUCCUGUCCUAGAUCAGUCAGUACCUCAGCUCUACACUGAUACUGGGCGAACUGAAGUCCACCAGGUUCCAUUGGAAGCACCUGCAAAUGGUAACUUUCAAAAUGCAGAGCCUCCACCUCUGUCCUAUGGGCCAGUAUAUUACCCAGUUGUGUCGGACCCUUUCAGCCAACAAUCUCUUCCUGGGUUUGAUUCCUUAGUACCCACCUAUCGCUAUGUUAGUACCUGGCAUCCAGUAAAUCCACCAUAUGGAAAUUCUCCUCAAACUGCUAAUGCUGUAAGUUCUGGACCACUGCACCAAGUCAGCUAUAUUGCCUCACCUAAUACUUCAUCUCAUGACGUGCCUCAAGGAAUGUAAGUUAGGAAGCUAUAAGCUCCCUGCUUGCCCUUGAUUUCUCUUGUUUGUCAACUAUAUGUUAAUACUGUUUUGUAAAUGUUAUCCUGUCGUAGUAGGCUGUGUCAGUUGGUAAACUGCAUUCCAGUUUCAUGUUUCUCUUUCGGUUUAUGGUAGUGCUAGUUGGCUUGGCAAGAUAUUCUAGUCUAUUAGGUAGGAAAGCAUAGGAGAAGAGUGUACACAAGCUAUAGUGCAGGGAAUACAAAGCUUGAAUUUGACUUACAUAAAGGAUUUGUAAAAACACACGCUGUCUCUGAAGGAGUGUUGCAUCAUGUAUCAUUGUGAGGGGUUGCACUAGAACACUAAGAUGCACCUGGUUCUUGUUUAAGCACUGAAAUAGGCUGUCAGUAUAACUAUAGAUAAAAAUUAAGCACAAGGUGAU